CUGAUCACGGAACCUUCAAGUCAACACUAUACCUGGGCCUUUUUUUGUAGAUUUGUCCCACUCAGUGCUUUGUUCGGUUCACGUGAUCGAGGUCCUGUACCAAUGAUUCAACUAGGCAGCGGUCGUACUCGCCUGAUUGAAAGGCUCGAAGCGGACCUCGAGAACCCCAGGAAUGCUAUGUCAUGGCUACACGGACCUUCUGGCUUGGGGAAAUUGCAUACACUCUUGCCAGUCGUUGCAAGCAGAAACGUCAAUUGGCAGGCAGUUUUUUCUUCUCUCGUAAGCACGCAAACUGCAGAAGCGCGCGUUCUGUCGUGCUCGCACUCGCAUAUCAACUUGGGCUGUCUCAACCGCAGGCGAAGGAGAAAAUAAUUGCAGCCCUCGGCAGGGAUCCUGGGAUAAUUUCCCCUUCUCGAGAUUUGCGCGAACAAUUCGCCCGGCUUCUUAUUGAACCUCUGGAGGCGGUUGAUUGGUGCUCUCCUUCGAGAGUGUUUAUCAUCGAUGCUAUAGAUCAAUGCCAAGACCACGUACCAGAACUCAUCUCGCUCCUUAGUCGACUUCUCUCCCAUCUGGCUGACGUGGGCCUUCACAUCUUUGUCACAAGCCGCGACCAAGUAGAAGGUGUUUCUAUCAAGCGCUAUUUUGCACCAAUCACAUCCGACAUUGCUCUGGAUCACAUCGAGGUUGCCCCGGACAUUAGAUCAUUUCUUUGCCAGUCUUUCGACGAGAUACAGCAAGAUCAUCGCCUUCAAUGUCGCAAGCCGUGGCCAUCAGACGAAGUUCUCAACGGUCUUGUGGAUAGAGUUGGACCCCACUUCAUCACGGGAUCGGUUCUCGUCAAAUUCGUGGAAAGUCCUUAUCACGAACCCAUAGAUAGGAUGAAUUUCAUUUAUCAUCUUCCCUUCGACCCUUCAUCGCAUCCGCAGGCAUCCUUAGAUCAUUUAUACAAAUCUAUCAUCUCCUCAUCCGGCGACCUCAAACAAGCAUACCUUCAUCUCACGAUUGUUGCAAAUCUCGCUAGCAUGCUGUCGUGUUCGCAACUAGACAGCCUUCUUAAGCGAGCGCCAAAACAGAAGUUUGAUAUGCUUCACGUGUUGCCUCCGUUGUCCCCUCUGGUUUACAUUUCCAAUGGUCACGACAGCGCCGCGCAAGUCUGCCACGAAUCUCUCCGCGACUUUCUGUCCGAUCGUCCACGCUGCGGAGAGCAGUUCAUUUCCCAAGCCGUGGUUCAUCGCCUGCUGGCUUACUCUUCUUUGAGUCUCAUGAUAGAGGAAUUACCGGAUGACAGUGCUCUCUAUUCCCAUUUAUCCCAAUUAAUGAUGGGAGGCAGCUCCAGAUCACUCGGUGACUUUGACCGCGAGAAAGUUCUGACAUCUGCGGUAUACUCACCGCCAGAGCCUUUACCGUUUUUGUCUACGCUCUGGCAUCACAUGCAACAUCAGUAUAUAGGACGUACAGUUGAUCCUCGCGCAAAAUUGGCACUGGGAUAUUUCUACAGUACCUGGCAAAUUUUACAGCACCUUGACUUAUCUGCAGUUGAUACCCUGCCGGCUUUCCGCUUCCUAGAAAACCUUCGAUCCCUGCCUGUACUUCUGGCCUUCCCAAUAUUUCUGUCGUUUGAAUCUCCCGGAAUUGGCCGAGUUCUGGGACCAUCGACUCUGGAGCACCAACCGCACAUAGAAACGUUGGAUGCAGUGGCCGAAAUCGUGAACGAUGUGCGUACGUUCAAGGAUAAGCGCAGAACGGACUCGGGUGCACUUGAUUAUGCUUGCACUCACUGGGCCCAUCACCUGUCUUUGGCAGAGUGGGACGACGACCUCCGCUCCAUUUUGACGACUUUCAUGAAACAGAAGCUCCAGCAGUGGCUCGUGAAAACAUGGUGCCUCCAGGAUUUCGAGACCUGCCUUCGGACAUUGUGCGAGGUUAAGGAGCUUUGCUUGACAGCGAGUCCGCCUAUUCGUUUUGAUUUUGAUGCGCAACGUACCGAUUCGAAUAUGAUGGCUAAGGAGGAGGCUGAAGGAUCUGGGGCGGCGAGGCGGGGUGUGAAAGAAGCGGUAGAGAUUGGUACGCGGGAAGGCGCCGAGCGUCUUAACAGAACAGCGGAAGCAGGAAAGAAGAGGGAUGAUGAGGCCAAUACAGAAAUAGGGGUGGCAAGGGAGCCUACGGAGAACAAUGCUCACGAGACUACAGCCGCGAAGGAGGAUGUUGAUAUGCCUCCUGCUUCUGGCAUCAGUUUUGGUUCAAGACAGGCAGCUAGUUUCAAUUUUGGGCAAGACCUGUCAUCCUCUUUGUUCACGUACAAAAACUACACCCAGGUGCGCUUGGAGCAUACAGCAAUGACACCUGAUAUAGGCUCUUCUGGCUCCGAAUCAGUAUUCGGUGGCCUCAACAGCGACGCUACUCUUCAAGUUCAUCCUUUGUCACCUCUCUCGACGAUUCUUCUUCCUUCACUAUCCUCUGGUACUGCCGUUGUCCCUCCUUCCAGCGCCCAGUCAUAUUUCCUUGGUGGCGGUGCUACUCCAUCCGAAAUACCUUCUUUAUGGCAAAGUGCCAACCAAAGGCGGUGCGAUGCACUCCUUCGCGCCGAUCGAGUGGUCGAAGCGGUCGAAUCUCACCGAUACACGAUGAGCAUGAUUGACGAGGAUGUGAAAGAGAGCUACCUCACAUGGUCUACUGCCUUCAAGAAAAACUGUACCGUGCGCUGUCUCGCAAAGGGAGACGAAGCUGUUGCUGCAAGCAAUUAUGAGGUGGCUAUCGAACUAUAUUCGGCAGGAAUCGGGCUUGACUCCUCGUGCGAGUCCCUGUUUGCGCACCGCAGCAAGGCAAACUUAGAACGGGACCUCUAUGUAGAGGCCCUUUUCGACGCGGAAAAGGUCAUCGACCUCGAUCCUUCUUCUUAUCUGGGGUACGAACUGAAGCAGGCAGCCCUUCACAAGGCUCGACGUUAUGACGAAGCGAUCGAGGCCUUUAAAACCAUGCUCUUGAAGUCAGACAAUGUGCCCGACGCGCGAGUACGAGAGCUGCGUCAGCAGUAUGUCAGUCCAUCUAGUGUUAAAGGCAUUAUCCGACGCGCUAUUGAGGUCCAACUGGAAAAUGCUCCGCUGCGUCUAAUCAACACCUCCACUGGGCGUAUAUGCAAUCGAGACGCGCAGAUCAACGCCUUCAUGGACAGCACCGAGUACAAAGAGAUUUUUUCUUACUCGAUGAUGCAUGCGCCCCUCCAGACGGAACCUAUUAGAGCAGUGGUUGCGAAGUACUUCAGUUGGGCUAUGCUAUCGCACAGGUGGCAAAGCAACGAGCUUCUGCUACACGACAUACAGGACAAGGUUGUGUAUGACUUGGAUGCAGUCGGAACCACGGUGAAGUUGCAGACAUUCUGCAAAAUUGCUCGUGAUGCGGGGCAUCGCUGGGCGUGGGUCGAUACAUGUUGUAUUGACCAGAAAAACAAUGUCGAGCUACAAGCAUCUGUCAACUCCAUGUUCGUUUGGUAUCGCCACUCAGGGCUCACGAUCGUUUACCUACCGGAUGUUCCGCCUUCGUCGAAAUCAGGCACGCUCGCAAACAGUGUUUGGAACACGCGAGGAUGGACUGUUCAGGAGUUCCUGGCCCCUAGAGUUGUUCUCUUCUACCGAGCAGAUUGGAGUCUAUACCUCGACGACCACUCUUCCAACCACAAGGAGUCUGCCUCUAUCAUACAGGAGUUGAGGGAUUCGACGGGUAUAGAUGCACGGGCGCUCGCUGCCUUCGAACCAGGGAUGAGAGACGCCCGAGAGAAACUUCAGUGGGCGUCAAAACGCAUCACCACACUGCCAGAAGAUGUUGCAUAUUCAUUGUUUGGCGUCUUCGGCGUCCACCUGCCUGUCAUCUACGGCGAGACGAAGCAGAAGGCACUCGGACGACUGUUGCAGGCCAUCAUCGCCCAGUCCGGCGACAUUACAGCCUUGGACUGGGUCGGAAAAGCAUCCGAGUUCAAUAGCUGUCUGCCAGCUGACAUUGCCUCAUACAACCUUCCGCCAUACAUGUCGCCAUCUCUAUCUGAAGAUCAGAUACAGAUGUCGGUCUCGUUGCUGCGAGAUCCCGCCAUUGCGCAGAUAACUUUGACGCUUUGUGAUGCGCUUAGCCACCUAAGCGCUCCUCGUUUCGCGGACUGCAGGCUGCAUCUGCCUUGCAUUGCAUUCCCCAUCACAGCACUCAGACGGAGGUGUGAUCAAGACUCGCAGAAGUGUUUCACUUAUGCUGUCAAGGCACACGGGCUUAACGACUUAUCAAUCACCACAGAAGAUGACUUAAUUCAGCUCUCGCGGGCAAGUGCUAGUCGGCAACCAUUGUUGUUCGUCCGUCCGUGGAAUCGAUAUGACAUCGAGCUGCCUGACUCUGCUGACAAGAUGCAGAGCAUGGACAGCUGGCAGGAGCCUGAGUCUCCGUCAGAUGAUCAGUCCAUCUGGUCUCCUGGAGACAAUGGGCCAGCUGAUUCGGAGUCUCACUCACGAGAGUUGAGGUUGAUCGUUCGUCUGGGACAGUCUUUCAGCGCACUGUUGCUAGCGCAGCAGCGUGGCGGGGAGUACAAGAGGAUUGCUUCGGAUAACAAUAUCAUCGCGCAAGUCAAGGACAUGGCUUCUGUUCGUGACAUGAUGUACGUCAGGACGCUAGAGAUAUUGUAGCUGUAUUCUUGUCGAAGGACGGAGAUCCCCUGACGCGUUUUCAUUCAUACCUUCACAGUACCUGUGUGAAACAAUAUCCCUUUGUAACACAGUUUGCGAUCUGUAUCUAGGCAUGCUUGAGUAGCAUUGAUCCGCUGUGCACGAAGGUCAAUUGGAUUUUACAUGUAGAUGUUACUCGUCAAUACACUACCGGUCUACAACGCCGACAUGAGUAUCCCGCUG